AUGGCGGGCUUCAAUCUCUUCCGGCUGCGGCCGUUGGCGGAGUUGUUGCCGGAGGUCGAGGGCCCCGCGGAGGCCGUUCCUUUCCGGCGGAAGGCGGCCUACACCGCCGGCUCGCUCCUCGUCUUCCUGGCGGGCAGCCAGCUCCCGCUCUAUGGGAUCCACAACAGCCGGGCCGGGGCUGCCGACGACCCGCUCUACUGGGUCCACACGGCCUACGCGGCCAACCGCGGAACCGCCAUGUCCCUCGGCGUUUACCCCCUCCUCAUGUCCGAGUUGAGCACCCACCUCCUCCUGGGGUCAGGGGCCAUUAAUCCCCUCCCGGAAAACCGUCUUCUCAUGACCGGAGGGCUGAAGAAGGCGCUGGGGGUGUUGUUCUCCGCCGCGAUGCCGGUCCGCGACGUGCUAUCCGCGACCUACUUGGGCGCCGGGAGCGCGAUCCUUGUCGUGCUGCAGAUCUCCAUUGGAAGCGUCGUUCUCAUUUAUCUCGACGACGCUCUUAGAAAGGGCUAUGGCCUCCUUUCCGGCAUCCCGUUGCUCACCUCCGCACAUGUUUGCGCAACUCUUUUCUGGAGAGCCUUCAGAGACGGCGCACAUGGAAACCUAGCGGCGAUGUUUGCCUUCUUUCUGCUUGUGUGCGGAUUGCAAGGCCUGCAUGUCGCGUUGCCACUGACAGAUGAUGCGCCUGCUGCUAGGUUUCAGUCCAACUACAGCAUCAGCAUAUCCUACCUCGCCUAUGCCCCCAUCAUAUUCCAAGCCACGCUUGUUGCAUGCACAUAUACAUUCUCAGAGCAAUUAUUUACGGUAUUUGGCGGAAACAAGAUCGUCAACCUGCUCAGCAAGUGGGAGAGAUCUAAACGUUUUGCAGGGUUUAUUCCAGUAAGCGGGGUCGCCUACUACCUAACUACGCCACCAACCUUGGCUGAUUCAGCAAGAGACCCGGUGCACGCGUGCCUCUACGCCGCCUUGCUGCUCAUGGGAUGCGCCCUCAUAUCGACGGCCUGGUUCGGGCUGUGCAGAUACUCAAGGAGGUACGUGUCUAGGUUGGUCGGGGAAAGAGUGACCGUGACGCCUGCGCGGGCCGGCUCGAUUCGCCUCAGCCGAUGUAAGGCCCGUGUCACCAUGGUGGCCUUCGUCGUUGGACUCUGUGUCGGCGCGCUGACCCUCCUUGCGGGCUUCAUGGGCGUCAGCGGCUCCGGCACUGGAAUUAUGCUCGCCGUCACCGGCAUAUACUCUUCUUGUUUCGACACCAGAGCUUCUUCUGGGAUUGAUGCAAUUGGACUCUGA